GAAAUAAUAAGCCAUUGUGUAAUAAUCUGCAGCGUUUUAUAAUAUAAAAUAAUAUUAAUCAAUCAUCUGUAAAUAUAAAAAUAGAUUUAUUUCACAGCUAUAUUCAAUAUUAAAUUUGUCAAAAUAUAGUUCAUUACUGUUCUUAUAGAAUAGAGAAUGCUACUUUUAUCGAAAUUGUUAAGAAAUGUUGAAAUAGCAAAAUUAAUAUUGACUGAUAAAUGUAUUAAAUGCAACUAUCGAUUUUUCGGGGUUACAAAAAGAAACUAUUCCACAGAUGAUAAUAGUAGCGAACUGAAAGUAGAAAGACUGAAGGCUAGAUCUGUCUUAUCAGUUGAAGGUUCCGAUUCACUCAAUUUUCUUCAAGAUCUUACGACAAAUGAUAUCAGAUUACUAGAGGAUAGUAGCAAAUGUAUAUUCAGUGCUUUUUUGAAUGCAAAAGGAAAAGUUAUUCAUGACACAAUAAUAUACAAGCCCGAAAACCAAGACAUAUUCUUGGUAGAAUGUGACAUAUCUUCAAUAGAGGCACUUCAGGUGCACAUGACGAUGUAUAGAGGAAGAAGGAGAGUCGAAAUAAGAAGUGUAGAGAAUGAGCUGAAUGUAUGGGCAAUCUAUAACCCCAGCGAAGGUAAUAUCGGAGAGAUCGAUCUCGGAGAGAAUGUUGUAGUCUGCCCGGACCCGAGGGUGUCUUAUCUCGGCUUGCGAGUGCUCGCUCCGGCUGGUUUGGACGUGGCCAAGAAGAUUAACAACAAAGGAACGUCUACCUCGAACGUGUCUUUCUAUAAAUCGCUGAGGUACAAGCUAGGCAUCGGCGAAGGGGCGAGGGAGAUACCUUAUGGACGAUAUUCUCCCACGGAGGUCAAUUGCGACUUCUUGAACGGGAUAUGUUCUAGGAAGAACAUGUACAUUGGACAAGAAGCUGCCAUGAAAGAAGACAAGGCGGUGAAGCAGAAGAGCAGGCUGAUGCCUAUAUUCCUCGAGAUACUCAAAAUGAGAUCGUUCCCCCUCAAUACGCCGAUAGAAGAUGUGAUGAGGAAGCGGAAGACCCCAGUCGGCUACCUGAGAGGGAACCAAGGGAGAGUGGGGAUAGGUUUGAUGAAAGUGAGCGAAGCGCUUCAUCAGGCCAACAUCAGGGUCGGGCAAAUCCUAGGCCACUGUGCAAGGCCGCCUUGGUGGCCCAAUGAAGAGGAUGACAUUUCCAAAAAAAUAAUUUAAUUUGGGCAUCUUUAAAAAUAGUAAAAUUAUGAAGAACAAAAAAACAAACAAAGUAAAUAAUUGUAAUAUUUCAUCAUGAUGAAACAGAAAUGACCCAUACUUCUAAG